UCUCUUGUUUCCGAACGACAGUCGGCCCAGAGCGCGCUUCGAACACGGACGCGCGCGCGUUCCGAAUUCAAAAAUUUAAAAAGUUCCGCUGUAAAUUAAAAAGUUUGUUACUUUGAGUUUCUGUGGAUUUUGUGUUGUGAUUUUCGUGUUUGUGAAACUAAGGAGUUUUUUUUCUGUUUGGUUCUGUUUUAAUGACUUUCCACGUUCACUUAUAGCCCGGUGACUGACAAAGGGCCGGCACCAUGUUGCAGCAGAUUCUGCGGGACAUGUGGGUGGACCCUGAGAUCCUGGCAGAGCUGGAUGAGGCCCAGAAACAGACGCUCUUCUGCAAAAUGCGGGAGGAACAGGUGCGGCGGUGGCAGAUCUGGGACCAAAAGCUCUGCAAAGAAGAAACACCAGACCGGCCAAAAAAGAAUGGGAAGAAACAGGUCAAGUUCUUGCAUGGAGAAGAUGGAGAACCAUGGGUGUGGGUGAUGGGUGAGCACGCCAACGACAAAUCCAUAGAGAGUAUCCUGGAGGAAGAGACGCGCGCACGCGCAUUAGCGCAGGCGCGGCAGGAGGCUCACCAGCUACGCAAGUCCGUUGAGAAGGAGCUCACACAACUCAUCGAUUACCGGCCGCUGGAUAGUCUCGAGCAGAAAUUUGACCUAUCCCCAAAAAACGUGGAGUCCAUAGAAGACGCCCUAGAAAUCUACUGCACAGUGGACGAUUUGCGGCAGCGGAUCGCAGCGCUGGAGCCAGAGGUGAAAGAGAAGUCCGGGGGGAAAGAGAAGGACUACAGCGACGACAUGAAGCUGGACCUUAAUAAGAAUACGUUGCAUUUUAACUUUAUUGAGGGGAAGAGGGAUGGGUUACAGGACCUGUCUCCAAACAGCGCCAAUGAUGGCGUCAGUUCACGGGUGCUCGCAUGGGAGAAACGCGUGGCUGGUGCGAGAGCUGGUGAAUUACUUCGUGGCAUUAAGGCCAGGAGAGCGCGUUCUAUGAGAGAUGCUACGCUAAACGCGCAGGAUGACGCAGCAUGGCGGGAGCAAGAGCGCAAAGCCAAGGAAGCGGAAGCCGCGAUGCGGGAGAUAGCGCGCGCGGCGCGGGCGGCGCACCGCCGCUCCGCCGAGCCCGCGCCCCCGCCGCCGCCCUGCCCCAGCCAAGCUGGUAAGCCGCCGAGCCGAGAGGCAGUGGUGGAGUGGUUCCGAAGCCAGGAGCUGCCUCGAGGCGUCGGGCUGGAUGAAAACAACAAACCCAUCAACUGGUUCCAUGGCCUCAUCACCCGAACAGAAGCGGAACAGCUCCUCUCCCGCUGCCUGCCUGGUGCUUUCCUCGUCCGAGUGUCUGAGCGUGUGUGGGGCUACGCGCUCUCCUACCGCGCGCCGGCCGCGCGCUGCAAGCACUACCUGGUGGAGCGCCUGCCUACUGGCUACCGGCUGCUGGGGGACAGCCAGGCCACGCACAAUACAUUAGCUGAUCUCAUCGCGCACCACAAAUCGGUGGCCAUCACAGAGAACGGAGGGGAGCUGCUCACCACAGUCUGCCCGCACCAACAGCCGCCCGCCAUCUUGGACACGCUUUAGCUACCUGUACCCUAAUACAGGUUUCUGAGGAUCAUACUUCCGAAUGACAAAUUAGCUUCUGACCAACAAUGCAAUCGUAAAUAACCUUAAAUGAACUUAAAAUACCUGAGUAACCUCUAUUAUAAUGAAAAAUAUAUCAAGAUUACAUUAACGUUUUGCGAUAGGAGUAUUUUAUUACGCGAUGUAUACGAUGAGCGUCUUUGUGACCAUCUAAAUUACUUUUUACAUAAUAGGUAUAUCUUUGGUCUGAUGUUCUUUGUGGCUUGACUUUUGUUUAGCCCACUAAAGUUGGUUUUCUAGCUUUCUCAGAGUUAUUAGAAAAUGUGAUCCAUUCUUGACUUAUUAUAGAUGUGACGCCAGUUUAUAUUAGACACAUAUUUAUCACUGGUAGUCUACAGCCGUCUUCCCCCUUAUUCUUAAAUCUUAGCAAGCUUCAGAUAAAUGUUGUCCCUUCCUACCAAACAAAAUUUUCAAAAUGAAGGAAAGAGACAAACGUUUAUCUUACACCGAAGUUUUCAAACGCUUGUACUUCGAGUUACUGUUCUAUGUAAUUAAGAAGUUAAGGAAUACGAUAUUAAAGGUCAUUCUAAAAAAAUAAGUCUACGAUCUGCCUUCUACGAGAUAUUUUCAUGCAGAGAAUGACCCAAAAAGACGUCUCAAAUAUUGAGCGUCAUUUGCAAACCCAAUAGGGACCAUUUCUACGAGUCAUGUAUAUUUAGAAGUAAGUUGUCUGUAUUAUUCUGAGAUUUGACCGUAAUAUUCUAAGUAUUCUUAAGGACGUGAUACCUAUAGGUAGUAAAGGGCUUUUCGUUCUAAAGUUGUAUUCAUUCAUUUGCUAAAAUUUUGAUGAAAAACCUUUUUUUUAAAUAUAUGUUUUUUUUUCAACUUCUGGUAACAAGUGUUAGAAGAAAGCCAUAAAAAGUCCUAAUAGUCUCGAAUAAUUAUUGAUUAUACUCAGGUAUCAACCUAGCAUUUACUUGUAUGAAUUGUUUUAUUAUUUUACUUUAUGUCAAAUAUUGAGAGGCCUAUAAUUGCAAUAUAAAAUAGCGUACUGUUCGGUGCUAAAUUAUUGGAUAAAUAAACACUAUUGUUCUACUUUUUAAAUUAAAAAUGUUUGGUUUUGACGUAGUCGCUGCACUGUCUUCCAUAAACGACAGCAUUUUGGUCUAUUCCCAUUUGUACCCACCCUACGUGACCGCUAUACAUGACGUGGGGACAGACAGGAAUUAUUCACAAAAAUGAACCUAUUCCCAUCUGUGCCCGACGGGAAUAAAUGGGAACACACCAUUUUAGAUGUUGCCAGCACUUUUCCGCGUUGAACAAAUAUUAGAUUUAAUCGAUUAGUUAUUUAUUGUGAUAAUUACCACAGCUGCUUCAGUAUUAUUUAAAUUGCUUUCUCUAAGCGAAACCCGGAUUCUAACAAGCCAAAGUGAAAUUCAAAUUAGAUGCGGUGUUCUCAGCUUCUGACGGUCUGGCAUAAGUUGCGUUCUCGGGCGAGUCUAUAAUAACAGAUAAGAAAUUUCUUGCAAUACCAACGUUCGACAGCGGUUCAGAGAUGAGAGAUCUCUGAACUGCUGUCGUAUUCCUUUCUAAGCCACUGGUCCCACCAAAAGAAAGUAAGCGGUGAGAUAUUGGCGACCGAAAUGAACAAAAGAUAUAGUCACUCCCCUGUAUAUGAAAGAGACGCGAUGAUAGUGCGAGCGGGUUAUAGAUCGUCGUCGAGCUAUAUAUGUAUAUAUAUAUAUAUAUAUAUAUAUAUAUAUCACUCGCUCCCUCUCUUCUUUACAUGAGAGCGACUAUCUUUUGUUCGUUUCUAUCGCCGAUAGCUCAUCGCUCCCAGGCCGGCCGCAGUAAGGAGAGCUUGCUGAAGUGGGGCGCCCUACACGGCUCAGAUACCCAAUGCUCAUGUGGAACGGCUCCACAAACGAUGGAGCACAUGUUGUCCUAUCCAGCGUGCCCGUACGCCUGCUCUCAACAGGACCUCCGUGAUGCGACAGACAGGGCGAUAAAUGUCGCUACCUUUUGGGCCCGCACAGUCUGAGACCAUCGACACGAGAAGAAGAAGCUCAUCGCUUACUCGUUUCUUGUGGAAAUAGUGCCUAAUUCAUGGCCCUAUUUUUGAUUAUUUGAAGUUGUCAAAAAUCAAACAAUUAUCUAAGGUUAUGCACGCAAAAGAGCAUUGUGCUAACACUUGUGUUAAUACUUAUAUCUUGUUCGUAGCAAUUCAGAACCGAAUAGAGCAGAAUUUGUCCGAAGAGAACAGAUUUUCACCACUGUCCGAAGCCAUUGCAAGGUAUAUGGAGUCGGGUCCGAGAUCGCAACUCAUGCUAGCAGGUCUAAUACAAGUUAAGAUCUAUAUAAAUAUUUUUAAACGAUCUAUAUGCCAUUGUCGUUUGUAGAUAGACCAUAGAUCUACGAUAUUGUACUCUAAACUGCCAACUAGAUUAAAAAAUAUGUCAAUUA